AUGCUGGUAAUAGAUGAGGGUGCCGAUAAUGACGCAGGCUCCGAGGGGCAUGAGGAUCGCGAACAUGCCAACUCCCCAGCGCCAGCCAAUCCCCUUGACGACGCUGUCGAUAAUGAAACCAGACACCCAGGGUGUGAUGAGCAUGCGUCCUGUUUUGCCCCAAACGGUCUGGGAAGCUUCUAUAAGCGACACCCCCCUCUCGGCAGCCAUGCGGGUGCCCGCGUGGUGCCAUCGCCUUACGGGCGAUUUCCGCUGCCCAACGAUCCUUACAAUUUUAUUCCUUGCACAGAAGCUCUUUCUCUCCCUCCACUACAUGACAGCGACCCGAAGGGAACGUGGGCCGCGCUCUUCGACCCCAACCCUAAGCAUUGGAGCUGGGGAGGCUCCGCACCGGAUCCGGAUCAUGUUAGCGACGACCCAUACGCAGGGCGUGGAAUAUAUCUGUGUGGCUACUUAGAUCUGCCGCUUGACUACCUUAACGACUCGGACGCACGGAUCGUCCGUCUCGCUGUAGCCAAGUUCCAGGUGUCGGGUCUUGCUCGCAUCGACUCCCCGGCUGGUAGCCGUUCCACUCUCGCGGGUGCUAAGAGUGAACGCACUAUCGUCAUUGAGCCCGGCGGCCCCGGAGUCAGCGGCACAUUACAGGUGUGGGGUGCCGCCGAAGCGGUGACCAAGCGUUUCAGUGAUGGCCGGUUUGAUGUCCUCGGAUGGGACCCCCGUGGUGUGAAUGCCUCUCUUCCUUCAGCGGCGUGCUUCCCUCAUAAUGCAGACCGCGACCGCUGGUCACUACUGAGAGGCCAGUAUCGAGAAACCUCAGAGCAGGAAAGACAGCUCGAAAUCGCCGACGCCAUGAACAGCGCCACCUUCUAUGCUUGCCGACAACGACUCGGCGAUUUUGGUCGGUUUGUCAGCACCGCCUCGGUUGCACGCGACCUAGAAGAGAUACGGAAAGCAUUGGAUGAGGAGCAGUUGACGGCCUACUUUGUCAGCUACGGUACCGGCAUCGGCCAGACAUAUGCCAACAUCUUCCCCAACCGUGUUGGUCGCAUGAUCCUAGACGGGCCUGAAUAUGUGAAGGAUCAUCGGCAACUCGGUGGCUGGGGCUGGACAUCGCUCGACAACGUUACCGACGGUUGGCGUGAUGGUUUCCUAGGCGAGUGCGUUAAAGCUGGUCGUCAGAACUGCGCAUUGGCGAGACCUUCGGAAACACUCGAAGAGCUGGAGGCCCGCAUGGGCACGCUUCUUGAGUCGAUCCUCGCUCGGCCAGCCCCGGGUUACACAGAAUCGAAUGGUCCGUCCCUCGUUACGUAUCCGGGACUGGUUCUUGCGAUUUACAUAUCUCUGUACGAUCCGACGACAUGGCCAGCCACCGCGCAGAUGCUAUAUGAACUUGAGGCAGGUAACUCUACACUCGCCGCGACCUCUCUCGACCGACAAUGGCAGUACAAGCCGUCGUUGUCAUGUCCCGCCGAGAAGCAUUCCUCCGAUGAGCUCAUUUCCCUAGUGAUCUGUGCUGAUGCCUACGAUGCACCGGAAGAAGGGCUUGCUUGGUGGGAUCAGUUGUGGGCCAACAUGACAGAUCGAAGCUGGAUCUCUGGCAAUUCUCGGUUUCUCAACGUGUUGCCUUGCCGCCACUUCACGACGUACUGGUCUAGCGCAGCCGAAGUUUAUCGCGGCGAUCUCAACCAUUCAUUAAGAAAUCCAGUCCUCCUCAUUGCAUCAACAUAUGAUCCUGCAACGCCUUUGCGCAACGGGAGGAGGCUGCUUGAGGAGAUGGGUCAAAAUGCGAGAAUGGUUGUUCAUCACGGAUACGGCCAUACAUCGAGGGUCCAUCCUUCGAGCUGCACGGAUUCCGUCGGAAGGGCCUACAUAUUGAAUGGAACGCUUCCGGAGGAGCGGGAAACAAAUUGCUAUGCAGACGAGAAGCCCUAUCGAAUGUGA